AUGUCUCCUACCGCCGCAGACGGCCAAAUCCCCGCCUCCCAAUUCGACUCCAUCCCCGAUGUCAUCCAAGCCUUCCGCGCCAACGAAUUCGUAGUCGUCCUCGACGACCCCUCCCGCGAAAACGAAGCCGACCUCAUCAUCGCCGCCGAAUCCAUCACCACCGAACAAAUGGCCUUCAUGGUCCGGCACUCCUCCGGUCUCAUCUGCGCGCCCCUCCUGCCCCAGCGCACCCUCGACCUCGACCUCCCCCAAAUGGUGCCCCACAACCAAGACCUCCGCACCACCGCCUACACCGUCUCCGUCGACGCCGCCCACCCGGCCGUGACCACGGGCAUCAGCGCGCAUGAUCGUGCGCUGGUGUGUCGGGUGCUGGCGGACGGUAAGGCGACGGCGGGGGAGUUUCGGAGGCCGGGACAUGUGUUCCCGUUGAGGGCGAAGCAAGGGGGGGUGAGGCAGAGACGGGGGCAUACGGAGGCGGCGGUGGAUUUGUGUAGGUUGGCGGGGAAGAAGGAGGUCGCGGUGAUUUGUGAGUUGGUGGAGGAUGGGGAGGAGGUGGAGGGCCAGGCAGUGAGGAGGGAGCCCGGGAUGAUGCGCGGGGAGCAGUGUGUGGCGUUUGCGAGAAGGUGGGGGUUGAAGGUGUGUACGAUUGCGGAUAUGGUGGCGUAUUUGGAGAAGACGGAGGGGAAGUUGGAGGUGAACGGUCACUGA